AGGAAAUAAUAUAUCAGGGACGAUACCACCCGAGAUAGGACACCUCACAAAUGUUACGGUUCUUUACCUGGGGAAAAAUCAAUUCAUCGGAAGCCUCCCGGAUACACUUGGAAAUCUUUCAAGGAAAAUGAUUUCAGUGGCCCAAUCCCAGAAGCUUUAGGAUACUGCAAAAAUUUAGAAAUGUUGAACCUCUCAUGGAACAGCCUUGAUGGUCGCAUACCAAAGAAGCUUUUAACUCUUUCCUCCCUUUCUAUGGGCAUGGAUUUGUCCCACAACCAACUCUCUGGUCCAAUACCACUUGAGAUUGGUGGCUUGACCAAUCUUGGUCUCCUCAAUAUCUCCAAUAACCAGUUAUCUGGACAAAUUCCCUCCACUCUAGGCCAGUGUGUCCACUUGGAGUCCCUCCACAUGGAAGGGAACCUUCUUGAAGGGAAAAUCCCAAAUUCUUUCGCUGACAUGAGAGGCAUUAUUGAGCAAGAUCUGUCUCGAAAUAAUCUAUCUGGAGCAAUACCUGAAUGGUUUGAGUCCUUCAGCUCCUUGAACAUUCUCAAUUUGUCCUUCAACAACCUCGAAGGUCCAGUACCCACUGGUGGGAUUUUUCAGAGUAAAAGCACAGUGUACAUUCAGGGGAACAAGAAGUUAUGUGGGAGCAGUCCGUUGCUAAAACUGCCACUUUGUGAUUCAAAGGCCUCCAGAAAAAAACAUACUGCCAAAAUUCUGAAGUUUCUAGGAUUGAGUGCUCUUUCUUUGCUCCUGUUAUCAUGCUUAGCUGUCAUCCUAUUAAAGAAGAAGAAAGUCAAACGAGAAGCUCAACCAUCCUUCAAGGAAUUGAAAAAGUUGUCAUAUGCUGAUAUAGUCAAAGCAACAAAUGGUUUCUCCUCAUCCAACUUGGUUGGUUCAGGUAAAUCUGGAUUAGUUUACAGAGCUCGAUUUGAGUUUGAAGAACAUACAGUUGCCGUCAAGGUUUUCAAACUUGACCAACUUGGCGCACCAAAGAGCUUCCUUGCGGAGUGUGAGGCAUUGAGGAACACUCGACACCGCAAUCUUGUAAGGGUUAUUACUGCAUGCUCAACAUUUGAUGCAUCAGGACAGCAGUUCAAAGCUCUUAUUCUUGAAUAUAUGCCUAAUGGUAGCCUAGAGAGCUGGCUCCAUCCUACUAAGCUAAGCAAGUACGGAUUGAAAAGCCCAUUGAGUUUGGGCUCCAGAAUAACGAUAGCAGUGGAUAUAGCUUCUGCUUUGGAUUAUCUACACAACCAUUGCAUGCCUGCUGUGGCCCAUUGUGAUUUAAAGCCCAGCAAUGUCCUUCUUGAUGAUGUCAUGGGUGCACGUCUUGCUGACUUCGGGUUAGCUAAGUUUCUUCACAACUUCAGUCAUUCAUUCCAUCAAAGUUCUACAAGCUUACUGGGACCAAGAGGAUCAAUAGGAUAUAUUGCGCCAGAGUAUGGCUUUGGGAGCAAACUCUCAACGGAAGGCGACGUCUACAGCUACGGAAUUAUCAUCUUAGAAAUGCUCACAGGGAAGCGUCCAACAGAUGAGAUGUUCACUGAUGGUCUGAACCUUCACAAAUUCGUGGAACAAGCAUUUCCUCAAAAGCUUACUGAAGUUCUAGAUCCUUUCAUCGUUCCAAGUUCUGAAGAUGGUGAUGUGCCCAACAAUUUGGACCAUGAAAAUAAUGCUACAGAUGGCGUGAAGAGCUGCAUUGUGCAUCUUGUUAAACUUGGUCUUUCGUGCUCUAUGGAGAUACCAAAGGAUCGACCAACAAUGCACGAUGUUUAUGCUGAAGUCAUCACAAUCAAAGAAGCAUUUGCAGCACUACACGGUUGAGUAAAAGGACUGUUGUUUCUGCUGUUCACAUAAUAGUAGAGCAUGAUGGCCUUUGCCUAGUUUGCUUGCUUUGUCUUAUUUUGGCGCCUAAUUUGCUGUGGGCAUCGUUUACCCUGAUUGACAUUUGCUGAGGUGUUACCGUUCCCUCACACUUCGCUAGUUUGAGCUCCAGGUGAAAUCCUUGAUCUGGUAUGUUGGAUUGGGCCAGAUGGCAUCGGUAAUGUCUCUUUUUCUUCAUGGAGACGUUUGUUAGGCCCUUUGUUAUGAAAAGAACAUGCUCACCUAUUGCUAUGAAAAGAUAUUGCUCGCAUCGUCUGUCACCAUUUGUGGUUGCCUGAGACCUUCAAGUGCUAUCAUUUGACCAGUGGUAAGAAGAGGUCUGAUGGACUUCAGAUACAUGUGAGAUCCUAUGUAUGCCUUGUUCAUCACCUUUUUGGUGGAAGAAUGACAUAGUUUGUGUAGUUUAUGAUCUUCUCACUUCAAAAGAGAAUAGAUGCGACUGCAUUAAAGUAGCUCUUUUCUAGUUAGAAUGGGUUUACAUCUUCUCACUUCAAAAGAGAAUUGAUGUGACUGCAUUAAGUAGCUCUUCUGCACUUAGAAUGUACUUGAGAUUUGGACAUUUGGUAACACCCUGUUUGUUAGAGCAACUACAUAGCCUGAAUGUGGCCAUUUCUCACUUCAAAGGUAGCUUAAAAUUUCUUA